AUGAAAGCUACUCGUGUUGUCGCCAACGUGGGAUGGGAGCCUCCCUCUGAGGGAUGGGUCAUGCUGAACGUGGACGGGGCCUCUAACGGCAACCCCGGGAUGGCUGGCGCAGGCGGAGUGGUGCGUGACACGUUAGGGAAUUGGGCAGGUGGUUUUGUUGCUAAUAUCGGCUCAGCAACCGCUUGCCUUGCGGAGCUGUGGGCAAUUUACUAUGGGCUUGAGAUAACUUGGAGGCUCGGUUACCGUGUGGUGAGAGUGGCCUCGGACUCCCAGCUGGCCGUGCAGCUGAUUAAGAACCGUCAGGAUCCCAUUCACCCCUAUGCUACUUUGUUGGGGCUUAUUCGUCGUAAGUUGAGCCAGGAUUGGUUGGUCAGUCUUUCUCAUACAUACCGAGAAGGGAAUAGAGUCGCGGAUUGGCUCUCGAAGCACAGUCUCGUCUAUCCCUACGGGUUGCAUGAGUUGACGAGCCCACCUUCUGGGGUCGUGCCACUUCUGCGGGACGACAUGUUAGGUGUCACCUUCGAGCGCCAUGUGGUGGCAAGCUCAUCCUCCUCUACCUAA